UGUCAAAGAUGGCGGCAUAAUGAUCAUGAUUGCGCUGUAAUCCGCGGAACAAAACAGUGAGUUUUAAUUUACGAUUAUCACCUUUGGUGUCUCUGGAAUACGACAAUAAAAACAUGGAUGAGCACAUGUGAAUGAGACAUUGUUUCAACAUGGCAUCAACCAAGUAAACUCAGUGCUGCCACCAGUAACAACCAAUCUUGGAUUUUUUGAACUAGCAAACUUGAAACUUUUUAGUGCGCAAGUGGAGGCUUCACAAUGGCUGACAAAACACUUGAUGAUAUUGUCACGCAAAUCUUGAAGCAAGACACACAGUCUAGGCUCCAAGCUUCUCAUGAUUUUCAGAUGUACUUGUCAGAUGAGGACAGCUUGUUAGUAUGUGAGAACUUUGAUCGUCUUGUGGAUGGUCUUGUAUCAUGGGUCAACUGCAGUAACUUCAAGGUUUCUCUGUGUGGCCUUGAGUGCCUAACAUGUCUGGUUGACAGAAUGGAAGAGAAAUUUAGAAUACACAUUGGCACAGUACUACCAGCUGUUGUAGACCGUCUAGGAGAUGGGAAAGAUCAAGUGCGUGAACAAGCCCAGGCACUCAUCCAGAAACUGAUGAGUCCAGCUUCAUCACCCCAGUACGUUUUUGAGAGGUUGAUGAAGGGAUUCUCACAUAAAGGUUGGAGAGUCCGAGAAGAGAUUUUGCUUUGCUUGAACCAGACAAUCAAUGUGUUUGGUGCAGCCAGUUUAACACUGAAUAAAAUAGUUCCCUCAAUUUGCAAGUUGCUGGGAGACCCUAACAGCCAGGUGCGUGAUACAGCCAUAAACACAUUGGUAGAGAUUUACAGGCAUGUAGGUGAGAAAGUACGGAUUGACCUAGGCAAGAAAGGCAUCCCAUCAUCAAGGUUGUCAAUCAUCUAUGCAAAGUUUGAUGAGGUUAACCGAUCAGGACGAAUGUUGGUGGUCUCACCUGAUGCUCCAAAGCCAUCAUCUGGAGGAGAUGAACCGGAUAGCAAAAUUUCUUUCUGGAACACCAAAAUGAAAAGUGCAGUUGCUAAAACUUCAGCUGUCAGUAGUUUUACUGAGGAGACAUUGUAUGAGAACGAAGAGGCUGGACAUAAAGCCCAAGCUAAGCGAGUUGCUAGUGGUGUCAGUCGGAAAUCAGCAAUGAGUAGGCCCACCACUGCAAGCAGUUCAUCGUCAGCUGGUUCUGUUGAUGAAGAAGUCUUUUACAAUUCCUUUGAAGAUGUACCAAGUGUAAACAUAUACAGCAAUCGAUCUGUGGAAGAAGAUUUGAAUAAACUCUAUGAAACAAUGAAAGAUGAGAAGGCAGACUGGGAAGUGCGAACUAAUGCUUUGAAGAAACUUCGGAGUCUAGUCAUAGCUGGAGCACAAGACUAUGACUGUUUCUUGCCGUGCCUACGUGUCAUUGAGGAGGCCUUAGUGUUUUCUGUGAAAGAUCUACGUUCACAGGUUGUGAGGGAAGCUUGCAUUACAUUGGCAUUUCUUUCUGUUAAACUUGGUCGACAAUUUGACCAUGUAGCAGAGACGUUACUACCCCCAUUGUUCAGUCUACUGCAGAAUAGUGCCAAGGUGAUGUCAACCUCAGGUAGCGUGUGUCUGACUAUCAUAUUAAAGCACACUCAUUCACCGAGAUUAAUACCAUUGUUCAAGUAUAACAUCACAUCCAAGUCCAUUGCAAUUAGGAAACAAACCUGUCAGUUGCUGCUGAAUGUUCUGACUGAUUGGGAGACACAUUCCUUAGAGAAACAUGUCAACACUCUGUCUGAAUGUGUACAUAAAGGCAUUGAGGAUGCAGACAGUGAGGCCAGAGCUUUAUCCAGAAAGGCUUUCUGGAAGUUCUCUGAACAUUUCCGUGUUCAAGCUGAUAAACUAUUCCACUCACUUGACGCGUCUAAGCAGAAGGCUGUGCAAGGAGAUAUGAGUGGAGCCUCCAGUUCAGGAUCACUUAGUUCCAAGUCCCUUUCUAGGGCUUCCAGUUCUGGUUCACAGGAGAAUGUCAGCUCCACAACGUUGCCAAGGAGGUCAAUCUAUGCCAGUAGAUCAACACGGAGGAAAACAACUGAAAUAGUGUAUAGGCCUCAUACGCAAACAGACAAAAAAGAUGGCAACAAAAGUGGUGCCCUUGGCCAACGAUCUAGUAGCGAGGUCAACCUCGCAGCUGCUUCCAGGUCACGUUCCCGCUACGCUUCCAACACCAGUGCCGCUGGCAUGGCGGCUCGUAUGCCCCGAUCCAAGUCAACAUCUAGGGAAAAUUUGCUGGGUAAAUUAACCAUGCAUGCCUGAUUCUUGGAGGUUUUACUUUCAGAAACAUGUUUCUGUUUCAUUUUUUAAAUACUUGUGUUGCCUUGAUGUUUCCUAAUACUUGCAUCAAGUACCUGAAUGACUUCUGAAGUCUUCACAAUAGAAAUCAGGAUAUAGCCUGUUGGUACACUCUUUACAUUGAAGUCAUUGACCCUGCUAGGUUUUUAAGCAUGUUUGCCAGACUUAGUCUAGAUUCAUGACUAGAUUUCCCAUUACUCAUCUAUGGAUCUGAAAUCAGGAGUCGAAAUUAGCGGUAGUCCGCUAGCCCGAGGCUAGUGGUUUUAGUGGGAGGACUAGUAGUUCCUACUUGUCGGUAGUCCGACGGGCUAGUGCCUUUUUUAGCGGGGGCAUGAAAAGAAAUACACACUGUAAAUGUAACACCAUGCCGUGCAGUGGUAUUUUGAUUGCAGAUGCAUGUACAUGUACAUUUGUACAGCCUACCGUUACACUGUAGGCACGACAGGUUCUUUCCGUACAUAACAAGGCCCAUGUGUACAUGUAUCCACGUCGAGCUGAUACUCUACACACGUAGGCCAGCCACACGACAUUGUACGCAUCAUACAAGUGUACGUGUGGAUUUCACGGUACCCCAUACACUUUAACGAUAUAUUGUGCAACCAGAAAAAACGUUUUCUAUUGGGCUAUUGCCAAAAUAAUCCAGCGUUUUGUCCAAUCAGCCUGCGUGUUUGAAGCGAUAACAAUAGUCUUUCCAGCACGUAAGAUUGAUUUCUACUGGCUGUUACUGAAAAGAAUGAUCGAUGGAUCGAUACCGUCUUUUCGGAUUCGCGCAAUUUAGGAAACGUUUUGAGUGCCAAAAAUCCUUCCUCUGCUAACGCAAGUAUGACAAAAAAUUGUGAAUGUAUGCUGUUUUGGGUUACUUUAACGUAAAGUUUUAAUGUGAAAAUCCUAUAUUGGCUUUCAAAAACUAAAGUGAACGUUGCUAGUCUGGGGACUAGAAUCGUGGAAAGUAGCAGUGUUCGCCUCCUGGGACCUGAAUGCCUGCUGGAGAGUAACAUAAAAUGUGGAAUAGCAAAUAUAAGGCAUAUUAAACCAUACUUAUAUACAUGUAAAUGAAAAGAAUCCUGUGUUGUUUUACUGUACUUAGGCCUAGGCCUAUUAGCAUUUUUGUAGGACUACUGAAAAACUCAAAGGACUAAUAAAACAAUGACAUUACUAGUCCUGUGGGCUACCAUAGAAACCAAGUUAAUUUCGACCCCUGUAUGAACUUGGUCAAGUGAUCUUUUUUCAUGGGCUCAACUGCAACACUGUUUGGCCCAUCUUAACCA